AUGGAACAAGAUGUUAUAAAUUUGAAAAACCAUACUACUCAAUAUAAAGUACUGAAAGAUGAAGAGAUAAAACAAAAAGCCAUGAAGACAUAUAUGGAUAGCGAUGAGUAUAAAAAAGAAGUUGAAGCAAAUGUAAAGGCAGAAAAACUUUUACAGUUGCAAAACCAAACCGUACAGUAUGAAAACUUAGCACAAGAAAGUAAAAAUAACGACGCAGCCAUGCAAAAGGCAAUGAAAAGCGCAGAAUAUAUAAAAGCUAAUAAUGACUGGUUAGAUGCCCAAGCCAACGCUAAAGCAGCCCAACUUAUAGGGUCAAUAAGGACAAAAAUACAAGCGGAUGAAGACAGUUCAAAUGAAGCUUUAAUGAAUGCUGACUUUAAGAACGCCUUCGAAGCUCUUCAUAGUAAGGUGAAACUAGUGAACGACUUCUCAUCUGGAAAGAAACUGAAGUCUGAAGGUUUCGACAAAGAGUUAAGAGAAGUAGCACAAAAUAUGACGAAAAUAACAGAUGCAGCAACGAGACAGGCAGUUCAAAGUGCCUAUGACGCCGUUAGAGCAACUGUUGUGGAAAGUCAAGAAAAAGAGUUACAACAGACCAAAACAGACCUAGUAAAUGCUUUCUUAAAAACGAAAAGUCAGGUAGGACAUUAUGCUGCAGAUGGAACAUAUGUGCCAGCUGGUGGAACUUAUAUACCACCAAACCCUCCAAGAGAAGCACCUGCACCAGGACUACCUAAAACAUUUACAUCGU